UGAUCACAUUAACAACAUGAAGGUGCUUUUGCUCUUGGGAUUGGUGGCAGUCGCUCUCUGUGAGCCGACUAGAUUUGUGGGAGAGAAGGUCCUCCGUCUGAAACCUGUUCUUGACGAACACGUGUCAAUCAUCAAGGAACUGGGCCGUAAGGUCAAGGUGGAUUUCUGGAGGCCAGAUGACGCUGAGGUUGUGACCAUUGACAUGAAUGUUGAUAUUCACGUUCCUGCAGCCCAGCUUGACAUGGUCUACACCAUCUUACAGCAGAGUGGCGUGGAGUUUGAGGUCUUGAUCGAUGACCUUCAAGCUGCUGUGGAGGCUCAGAUGGACCACAAGAGGGCGACAAAGGCCCAUGAAUACACCAAGUACAACAACUGGGCCACGAUUAAUGACUGGGUCAUUUCCAUCACCUCUGCCAAUCCUGAUCUGCUCAGCAGGCAGGUGAUCGGAAACACUUAUGAGGGACGCCCCAUGCACCUGCUAAAGAUUGGAAAGAACACAGAGUCUAUUAAGCCAGCCAUCUUCAUGGACUGUGGCUUUCAUGCCAGAGAGUGGAUCACUCCUGCUUUCUGCCAGUGGUUCAUAAAGGAGGCUGUGUCCACCUAUGGAAGUGAUGCUGAGAUGACCAACCUUCUGGAUAAUAUGGACUUCUUUGUUCUGCCUGUUUUCAACAUUGAUGGCUAUGAAUACACCUGGACCAAUGACAGGAUGUGGAGGAAGACUCGAUCCAAGAGCAGUGGCAUCAGCUGUAUCGGUACUGACCCCAACAGAAACUUUGAUGCUGGGUGGUGCACCGUUGGAGCUUCCAGCAACCCUUGCAGUGACACCUACUGUGGAAGCAGCCCAGAGUCAGAGAUUGAGUCCAAGAAUUUGGCCAAUUUCAUCCGCACCAACAAGUCCAUCAUCAAGGCCUACCUGACUGUGCAUUCAUAUUCCCAGCUGCUCCUUUUCCCAUAUUCCUACAAAUAUGGCCUGGCUGCUGAUCACUCAGAGCUGCUGAGUGUGGGUCAAGGAGCUAUUUCAGCUCUGCGCACCCUGUAUGGAACCAAAUACGACGUUGGACCUGGAGCUGCUACCAUCUACCCUGCUGCUGGUGGCUCUGAUGACUGGGCGUAUGACCUGGGUGUGAAGUACUCCUACACCUUUGAGCUGCGUGAUACUGGCCGCUACGGUUUCCUGCUGCCUGAAUCUGAGAUCAAGCCCACCUGUGAGGAGACCAUGCUGGCUGUCAAAUACAUCGCAAGCCACGUGCUCAAUAAUCUGUACUGAGAAAAUAAUCUGGUAGAAAGCUCUAAACAUGAGGGUGUGUUAUUCCUCAUACAGGAAUGUACGUUCUAUGACAUCAGUUUACUGCACAUCUCUAAAUAUUAUGAUCAGUAAAGAAAUAAAACACAGACUCUGUUUGUUGAACGAUAUUGUAUACAAGAUACCA